AGAAAAAAUUACGAGAAAUUGAAAUUAAAUAUUAAGGAGUUAAAUCAACAUUAAAGAAGAAUUAUGAAGAACUAUUCAAAAAAUGCAACACACUUAAUUACUGUUCUUCUAUUCAGCUUUGUUGUUAUACUUUUAAUUAUUCCAUCAAAAUGUGAAGCCGUUAGCAAUGAUAUGCAACCAUUGGAAGCACGAUCUGCUGAUUUAGUCCCGGAACCAAGAUACAUUAUUGAUGUUCCUCCUAGAUGUCCUCCAGGUUCUAAAUUCAUUAAGAACAGAUGUAGAGUCAUAGUGCCUUAAAUUCGUAUGAACUUGCGAGAAGUAUAUUCAAAAAAUAAAAUAUUUUAAAUUGAUAUUUUAAAUUAAAGAGUUGCAUGAAUUAAAAAUAAUUAUUAUUAAAUAAAUAUAUAUAUAAAUAUGGGAUUUAUUUUUUAUAAAUGGAAUUUCUUAUUAAAUACAAAGAAAUUUAUAAUAAUUGUGUGUAAAAAAUAAUAAAUAAAUAAAAAAAAAUUUAAAUGAUGU